CCGGCGCGCACCUGAUGAUCCCGUUGAUCCAUACCAGAGCCUCAAUGACGCCGUGAAACAGACGCCUGACCCCCGAAAGUCUAAAACAUCGCCGUUCAGGUGACCUACUUUGUUCCUUGACCGCCAUCUUUUGCAACUUCGGCAAACAUCGGGCGAGGCACUCUCUUAGGGUCGGUCCUGCAUCCUUUCACCGCCCGCUGCUAUUAUAGUGGCGAACCAACGACAUCAAUGACGACCUCGGCCACGACCCUCCUCCCCAGGUUCCUCCUCCCGGCCUUGAGCCCCAUGUGGCGCGCAGCAGCGACCUCGACCGGCCGGCCUGCCGCAACGGCAGCUUCGGCGGCGCUCCGCCGCAACGCGGUGUGGACGAUUCGGUACGCCUCGUCCAAGCCGACAAAGGCGGGCCAGAAGGGUCCCCUCAUCCUCGAGAAGCCGGCCAAGUUCAACCCGCCCUCCCACGGCGCCCGGUUGCCCAAGAACAACGGCCCGAAGCACUAUGGCGGUCCGCUCAGCGGCCAGGAAGUGCGCGCUCAGCGCACGCGGGAGUAUCCUGGCAUGAUGGCUCCCGAGGGGACGUGGGCGCAUUGGUUCUUCAACAGCCGCAAAGUCCACCUCUUCAUCUCCUUGGGAACACUGACGACACUGGCCAUCUCAACGCUGGUCCUCAACUUUUCCCAGACAUCCCCGUUCAAGCACCUCCUACCCCCCGCGUCCGAGUUCUGGAGCAGCCCUAUUCAGUUCAUUCGGACAUGGGUCCACGUAAUGCAGCUUCACGAGCGCGACCGCAACGAAAAGGCCAUUGCCAUGCACUCGCGCCACACCGACGACGUUGCGAAGCGCCAGUACUACCGCAAGGUCCACGGACUUGACAAGGAGAACCCCAUUGCCAACUUCUUGGGCAUGAAGGAAGAGUCGGAGGAGGACAAGGCUGCGGCCUCCACGGCGAUGGAGGCUUCACCCGUGGCUGACGUCGAGGCCAAUGCAUUUGCAGAGAACGAGCAGAAGAAGAAGUGGUUUGGCCUCUUUUAAUAAAGUGAGAGGGAGGACCCAUCCAUGUGUAAGAUGUAACGGGGGGUGAGCACGCUAUUUUUGUAAUAUACCCUCCACCGAACCAUGUACAACAUGACAUUCCAAACCAGAACCACCAAUUGGUAUCAUGACUUUUGUCUUUCCAUUGCCCAUCUUGACAUGUCGCAAACGUUAAAAUCCCCCUCAAAUACAAGUCCCGGAAUCAUUCCCCCUUUAGGCCAGCUCCACCGCGGCAAUCGCCUCCAGCACCUCGUCCGCGACGCCUCCCUUCUCCAGGACCUUGGAGAUCAUCCCCUCAAUCACGUGCACCUUAGUACCUCC